ACCAGGGUUUGCGAGUCGCUGCAAAUUAUUGUAACGGUUUCGAGGAAAUUGACAGUUGUUGCAUCACCAAAUUAGCGCAUUUCCGACUUCGCCACGUCCUUGCCUCGUGUCUUAAAGUAAGAAUGGACUGAUACGUGAACUGACAUCAAAAACUGACGAUGAUGCAGUCUGUCAAAAAGAUGCAGCUGGUUUGUACGAAGGUAAAGACGCGAUCGAACAUUUAGCCCUAGAUCGGAUCGCCUCAAACAGACGUCACAUAGACAAAAAAUGUUGUCAAAGUUUUUUUCUCACACGGUAUGAAGUGUGCCAUCGUGCUCGAGAUAACACUACUUUGGUUACUAUGGCUGCAGUCUCCAGUAAAAUGUAGACCCAUACCAUGUCCUCUGUCGAAAAACAUUGCACGGUAUGCUCCCAAUGGUGAAAUAGUGGAGUGUGUUCCUUGUGCAAACUGUCCCAUUGGACAGGGGUUGUCAUUUCCCUGUGGAUCCAAGGUGUCAAAUGACUCAAAAAUUGAGUGUGUAUUUUGUGAGCCUAACAAAACUUACUCUGAUGACCAUGGAAGAGGACACUGCAAAACAUGUCAAGAUUGUGGUUCUAGGAAUGUGAUUCAGGAAUGCACAAUCAUCCAGAACCGAGAGUGUGGGAACACAUGUCCAAAAGGGUCUCAUUUUGACACUAACUUUGAUGACUGUGUGGAAGUAGAAUCAGAGACGCCCAAAACUACUUCAACACAUUCCACAAAAACUGUUAAACUGGAAACCAAUCACAAAGAAACAACUGAGACACAAUCUAAAACAGAAGCUUAUCAUGUUACCACAUCAACUGGUGUUGAUAAUACCCCUUCACAAGGGACAUCACUGAAAGGAAAUGAUGACUCUAAAAAUGUGUUGUCAAUAAAGGAAGAUCAGCCUGGACAGGACCCCAAAACACUUUCAAUACUUAUCUGGGUUUUAGUUGCAGUGGUUGUUCUGACUCUCUUGAUUCUGGUGAUAGUGACUGCCUGCAAGAAAAGGAAAAAGUCAACAGGUAAUGCAGCAGAAAUUAUUCCACUGAAUGAUAUUGGUGAAAGUGAUGGUUCAUCAGAAGCCACAACUAGUAGCUCUUCAACACAAGACAACAACAUAUCAAGAAAUAAGGCUUCUUCUCGUGCCAGUGAUGCUCAAGGGGAGGAUGACUUGAAUGUAGAAAAUAUUCCUGCAGACAUUCUUGUCUCUCAGAUGGAAAUGUUAGGUGAUGAGAAUGGCACCUUGUUCAAGUAUGUUCAAACACAACUUGAUGCCGGCGAGACCUGCACCCGCAAAACAUGGCGCAGUGUUGGAAGAGAACUGAAGGUUCAUUCUGAUACUUUAAACUUGAUACCACCUGAUGGAAGUCCUACCGAACAUUUACUUGGAUAUUUAAAAACUUUAGCAAAGGAGCCUACAAUGAGGGAAUUUGUUCAAGCCCUCAAAAAUUGUGGAAGAAAUGACAUUGCAAAAUACAUCUGCAAUGGACCAUGGGCCUCAACAAAACAUUGAGGGGGAAAGGAAAGAAUACAUGAUAUUUAUCUCAAAUAGUAUUUUGAAUAACGUAUUGAAAUUGUCUUGAAAUUGAGGAAUAAUUUGCCUCUCAAAUUUUGGUUCUCAUACUUUGAUAAGAGGAUAAAAUGACAACCUUCACAGCACAGAUUUAAAAAUUAUCCUGCUACCCCCAAGAGAGUAAAAUAACAACAUUUAAGGUUUCUGAGAUAAUCUGCCAAAGAUAAAACUUGACCAAAGAUAAAAUUUGACCAAAGUCAAUGUGCAUGUUCUAUUUCAUAGGAAGGACCUAUAAAGGCUCAUAGGACAAUCAGAAGCAUACUCAUUUGGAGUUCCAUCUCAAAAAUCCUCCAGGGGAUGUAAAACUCCAGUAAAGCAAAAAAAUAAAUAACAAACAACAAACAGAAAAAACC